AUGGAGGACGGCCACUGUAAGACUGUGGACGAGGUGUUGAAUUUUUUCAAUGUCGAUUCUGAUAAGGGGUUGUCACCAGAUCAGGUGAAGAGGAAUCAAGAAAAAUAUGGUCUCAACGAAUUGCCGGCCGAAGAGGGGAAAUCCAUUUGGCAACUCGUCCUGGAACAAUUCGACGAUCUUCUAGUGAAGAUUCUUCUAUUAGCUGCAAUUAUUUCUUUCGUAUUAGCUUUAUUUGAAGAGCACGAUGAUGCGUUUACGGCAUUCGUCGAGCCAUUCGUCAUCUUGCUCAUCCUCAUCGCCAACGCCGUGGUCGGCGUGUGGCAGGAACGUAACGCAGAGUCCGCUAUCGAGGCGCUCAAAGAGUACGAGCCCGAGAUGGGCAAAGUCGUACGCUCCGACAAAGCCGGAGUCCAGAGGAUUCGAGCGAAGGAGAUUGUUCCCGGAGACAUUGUAGAAGUGUCUGUCGGCGAUAAGAUCCCGGCUGACAUUCGCCUUACCAAGAUCUUCUCGACCACCCUCAGGAUCGACCAGUCCAUCCUGACCGGUGAAUCUGUUUCCGUCAUCAAGCACACCGACCCUGUCCCUGACCCACGUGCUGUCAAUCAGGACAAGAAAAACAUUCUGUUCUCCGGUACCAAUGUGGCCGCUGGUAAAGCCCGAGGUGUCGUUAUCGGAACUGGACUCAAUACAGCUAUCGGUAAGAUUCGUACCGAGAUGUCCGAAACCGAGGAGAUCAAGACUCCUCUUCAGCAGAAGUUGGACGAAUUCGGCGAACAGCUCUCGAAGGUGAUCUCCGUCAUUUGCGUCGCCGUAUGGGCCAUCAAUAUUGGCCACUUCAACGAUCCUGCGCACGGUGGCUCCUGGAUCAAGGGCGCCAUCUACUACUUCAAGAUCGCUGUUGCCUUGGCAGUAGCUGCCAUCCCUGAGGGUCUGCCCGCUGUCAUCACUACUUGUCUGGCGCUGGGAACUCGCCGUAUGGCCAAAAAGAAUGCGAUCGUGCGAUCUCUGCCAUCCGUUGAGACUCUUGGUUGCACAUCUGUCAUCUGCUCUGACAAAACGGGAACCUUGACCACCAAUCAGAUGUCCGUUAGUCGUAUGUUCGUCUUCGACAAGAUCGAAGGCUCCGAUAGUAGUUUCCACGAAUUCGAGAUCACAGGGUCAACAUAUGAGCCUAAUGGCGAAAUCUUUUUGAAAGGCCAAAAGGUUAAGGGUGCGGAUUACGAGACGCUUCACGAGAUUAGCACAAUUUGUAUUAUGUGCAACGAUUCUGCCAUUGAUUUCAACGAAUUUAAGCAGGCUUUCGAGAAGGUCGGCGAAGCCACCGAGACAGCUUUGAUUGUUUUGGCCGAGAAAAUCAAUCCCUUCGGCGUACCUAAAACAGGUCUCGACCGCCGAACAGCGGCCAUCGUCGUCAGACAAGACAUUGAGACCAAAUGGAAGAAGGAAUUCACCUUGGAGUUCUCCAGAGACCGCAAAUCGAUGUCUUCUUACUGCGUACCUUUGAAACCCAGCAAGUUAGGAACUGGCCCGAAAUUGUUUGUCAAAGGUGCCCCUGAAGGUGUUCUAGACAGGUGCACGCAUGCUCGUGUAGGAACCCAGAAAGUACCGCUGACGUCUACCCUGAAAAAUCGCAUCUUGGACUUGACUAGACAAUACGGUACCGGAAGAGACACCUUACGUUGUUUGGCUCUGGCUACCGCUGACCAUCCCUUGAAACCCGAAGAAAUGGACCUCGGUGAUUCUACCAAAUUCUACACAUAUGAGAAAGAGCUUACCUUCAUCGGUGUCGUUGGUAUGCUCGACCCACCCCGCAAGGAAGUCUUUGACUCCAUCGCUAGGUGCCGUGAUGCUGGUAUCCGAGUCAUUGUCAUUACUGGUGAUAACAAGGCUACCGCUGAAGCUAUUUGCCGCCGCAUUGGAGUCUUCGGCGAAGAUGAAGAUACCACUGGAAAGUCUUACUCUGGACGUGAAUUCGACGAUCUUCCAAUAGCUGAACAGAAAGCUGCUUGUGCCAGAGCUCGUUUGUUUUCUCGGGUUGAACCCGCUCAUAAGUCCAAGAUUGUGGAAUACUUACAGAGUAUGAACGAAAUCUCUGCUAUGACUGGAGAUGGUGUCAAUGACGCACCGGCGCUAAAGAAAGCUGAAAUUGGUAUCGCUAUGGGAUCUGGUACCGCCGUCGCAAAAUCUGCCUCCGAGAUGGUAUUGGCUGACGACAAUUUCUCCUCUAUCGUUGCUGCUGUAGAGGAAGGCCGUGCAAUUUACAACAACAUGAAACAAUUCAUCCGUUACUUGAUCUCUUCUAAUAUUGGUGAAGUCGUGAGUAUCUUCUUGACUGCUGCUCUUGGUCUUCCCGAAGCCCUGAUUCCCGUACAGCUCCUCUGGGUCAAUCUGGUCACUGAUGGACUUCCGGCAACUGCUCUUGGUUUUAAUCCUCCCGAUCUCGACAUCAUGGAGAAGCCUCCUAGGAAAGCCGACGAGUCCCUCAUCUCUGGUUGGUUGUUCUUCCGAUACUUGGCUAUUGGUGGAUAUGUAGGUGCUGCCACUGUUGGAUCUGCUGCAUGGUGGUUCUUAUACAGUCCGCAUGGUCCACAGUUAAAUUAUUAUCAACUGACUCAUCACUUGGCUUGUAUUGGUGGCGGAGAAGAAUUCAAGGGAGUCAACUGCAAGGUUUUCACCGAUCCUCAUCCCAUGACCAUGGCCCUUUCUGUUCUCGUUACCAUUGAGAUGUUGAACGCCAUGAACAGCUUGUCAGAGAAUCAAUCUCUCAUCACAAUGCCUCCAUGGUCCAACAUGUGGCUGAUUGCCUCGAUGGCUCUUUCCUUUACACUCCACUUCGUCAUCCUCUAUGUUGAGGUCCUCUCGUCCGUGUUCCAAGUGACCCCCCUGACUACCGAGGAGUGGGUUACCGUUAUGAAGUUCUCCAUUCCAGUGGUACUUCUCGACGAAACCCUGAAGUUCGUUGCCAGAAAAAUCACAGACGUGCCCCAGUCGGUGCCAGGGCAAAAGUAAGGGACUUAUAAGGGACCGCUUCUGGAGGAGUCGGAGGAUUGCCGGAUUAGAGAGAGAGAGAGAGACCCCGGAAUCUGCAAGGGAGAAACAAUCAGCCGCAGUGACAUCCCCGCAAAAAAAAAAGAGAGAACGGAGCAAGUUUACCUGCACAUUCACGGUCUCUCUGCGUCCUGGUGUAUCGUAUGUUCCGGGGGGGUGCGAGCGAGCGAGAUGUGACAUCCGAUCACAGACAUGCACACAUGAGUCUAGAUCAACAUAUAUACAUAUACACGCACACAUAUAUAUGUAUAUACAUAUAACAAAUCUAACGUCGUCGCGGAUGACGAGGGUACAAAGCAUUCGUUUAGGUCAUCUUCGCGACUAUCGAAGGCGCCCUGGAAGGAGGUAGAAAUCGGGAGGAAAGAGAAGAUGGAUACGUCCCACAGGUGCCGCACCGAGAUUCGCCGGCCUCCCAACAAUUUUUACCUAGGAGAAAGAAAGAAAAAAAGCCACUCUAACCGUAGUAAUUCUUUACUAUUGUUUUACUUUGCGCAAUUGUUCCAGUAGGACGCCUGCUAAUCCAAAAGUGGGCCUAAAUCUGGCACACAACCUGCGGUGAGCCGGCCCUCACAGCGCGAAUUCGACCUUCCACGGACUACCGGACUUGUACAAGAGAUGGAGAGAAAGAGGGAAGGGGGGAGAAAAGGGGAGCCAAGCACGUCCCGACGGCGACUUAACACCGCCACCAUCUAACGAGCUUUGCUAGAUUGUCGGAGGCGCGGUAAGGUACUUCGAGGGGCCUCAGCUGCUGACAAAUUAAUAUGCUAAAACCAAGUAGGGCAGAGAGGGGAGAAAGUGAGAGAAUGCUAGAAAAAGGAGAAUCUUUCACGUUGCACGGGAUGUUUCAAGAACUUUCUUAGGCGUCUCACGCGACGCCGGAGGGAGCAGAUCUCCCUGGAUCGGCUAGAACGCAAUGAAGUUCGCGACAUAUUAGUUAAUGCAUGUCAUUAGUUGCUUUCGGGACUCUCUUCCAUCUUCGAUCUGUCGCUUCUUCUUCUACUUCUAUUUCUAUUUCUCCCUGUUUAUGUAUACCCUUUCCCUAAAUUCUUCCAAAGAUCAAUGCUCGGCCGCCGCGACGCCAGAAGUAGCCGGAAAGUUCCGGCAGCUUUUUCAUGUACGAGAUGCCUUCCCUCCUCUUCCUCCCAUACAUAUUCGUCGCUUUCAUUCAACAAAAUACACGUCGAUCAUUACGAUCACUCGAUUAUUUAUUUAAGGACCUUAUUCAUUUGUAAUUAUACAUAGGCAGUCGCGAGCCGAUCGGUUUUAUUCGGGCUAGGUGCCGGCAGCGCCCUUCUCGGGUAGAAUCCAAGCGGCGUCCGCGCGAACUAUUCGAAUAAGAUUCGGACACCUCGAUCGAUUACCGACACGCUGCUAUUAAUUAAUAUGAUUCCAUUAAAAUUCUUAUGUUUCAAACAAGGAAAUACAUACGUGGAAGCCGAUUAUAUUGCAAUCAUGUUUAAUAUUUCCAGGCUCUGGGAAACGUAAUCAGACGCGUGUACACAAGUUGCCCAUAAAGUAUUGCACGUUCGUGCGUGUAUGUAAUGUACGUGAUCGUGAAUCCUUCCAUGGUAUAUAUAUGAAUAUUAUUAAUAUAGCCGUAUAUAUGCCAGGAGAGGCAUUCCGUAACAUUAUGUUUUGUGCAUGAUGUACGUUUAGCGACUUUGCUCGCGUACACCAGUAUAUUCUGUGAUCGUCGCGAAGUACGUUCAGGGGAUAUUCGCGGAAGAUUCGCUAUAUGCGAAUUUCGACGCGCAUGCGCAUGGAAAAGACCACGAUUUACGAUAGUCGACGAUUUGCCAAAGAGCGUCAAAAGGAGGAGACCGUCCGUUGCUCGAACUAAAGUGUGGGUAUAAUAUAUAUUAUAUAUAAUAUUAUAUAUUAUAUACAUUAUAUGUUAUGUAUAUUACAUAUUCUAACCGAUGUAUAUAUAUAUACCUGUGCAUAUAUAUGUAUAUAGGUUCGAAGUCGAAACACUUAACUAAAUCUAUAAUAUUAAACAUUGUACAUAACUAUAUAUGAUUAUUACGGUGAGGUAUGUAUAAACCACGUGACGUAGAAGUAUAUUUUGAAGAAAAAAAAAGAUGGGGACUUAGUGCAACAUGGCGGAUAAGCUGAGGAAUAAAUAGUGGUGUUAAUUAAUAUAACCAGAGUUAAGAUGUCGCGAAAGUAUAUAUGUAAUUAUUUGUGGAAUUGGAAAGCGGGCCUCGAGCGAGAAGGAUUCAGAUGCCGCGACGGCGACGCCAUUAAAAUAUAAAUAUCAUCGAUUACACUCAGAGUUCGAGGAUCGCUCCUCGUUUCCUCUUCUCGGGUAAAAUUGUAUUUUACUUAAUUAGCAAAUUAUUUAUUUUUUAAUAGAGGCGGAAUUAGCCGCCUCGCGACAUUCUGAGUGUUGGGUAGAGCGUGGGAAAGUGGGAGAGGAAGGAUAGAAACAUUUGACAGUGAAUCAUCAAAUUGUUAAUUUUAUUGAAUUGGGUCACUCCUCCACUGGAUCCUAACACUUGUGAGAAUAAAAUCAUGCAAAGUCUGUCAACAAUUAAACAUAGUUACACGUGUCAAUUUCUUUCAGAAAUAUGUAUCUUGUUCAUGUAAUUAUGUAAAGUUCAGAAUUGCCAUUAUUUUUUUAUGCCGUAUUUUUUUCUUUAUACGAAGAGCUGAAAGAGACUUUAAAUUAAGUUGAUUUCGAUGUUAAAAAAUCGCUAAGUGGAAUCGGUGAUCGAUCGAACGUCUCUUAUCUUAUGUCGGCUCUUGUUCAGGUAUUGCAUAAAUAUACAUGUAUGAAAGUAUACCGUUCGUACUUUUAAGUAGGAAGAAGAAAUGAAAAAUGGAAACAAUGGUGAAGGUAAAGAAUCGCAGCGAUGCCUUGAUGCGGCCAUAACAAUUGUUCUCGCUCGAAUCGCCCCCAUGGUAUUAUAUUAUUUCAGCAUUAAGUCUAUCGCGGUCGCUUGCAUUCGACACGAUCCUCUUGCCAAGACAAUUAAUUAUCACGAUGCUACGCGAAAAUCUUUCUCGUUUAUAUAAUGUACGAACAACACUUAUGUAUUAAUAAAGGUUUGGAAAUAAAUUGG